AGGGGGGGAGAGAGGGACGGGAGGCCGAAUGACUGACGGGUCGAGAGAAGCGCUGCCAGCCUCCCCCCGCCCUCGCCCGCUCCCUCGCCCUCGCCCGCUCGCCCGGCAGUGAUGGAGUUCCCCGACCACGGCCGGACCUUGCUCCAGAGCCUGAGGGAGCAGCGUCACCAGGGCUUCCUGUGCGACUGCACGGUGCUGGUGGGCGAGGCCCAGUUUCGGGCCCACCGGGCCGUCCUGGUCACCUUCAGCACCUACUUCUACAUGUUCUACAAGGAGGAGGGGGACGGGCGGGAGGUGGUGUGCCUGGACGAUGAGAUAGUGACGGCCUCCGCCUUCUCCCUGCUGCUGGAGUUCAUGUACGAGGGCUGCCUGCGACUGUGCGGGACCCCCGUGGAGGACGUGUUGGCAGCCGCGAGCUUCCUGCACAUGAACGACAUCGUCAAGCUGUGCAAGGCUCGGCUCAAGGCCCGGGCCUUGGCAGAGGCCGACAGCACCAGGAAGGAGGACGAGGCGCCGCUUCUGGGGGCCCCGGACCCCGGGCAUCCCCACGGGCACCCCCACGGGUACCCCCACGCCUGGCGACCCGCUGCCCACCGUCACAAGGAGGCGCCCACUCCCUGCCGCUACGUCGGCCGGUCGUUCGGUGACCGCCAGGGCCUCUCCUCGACGCCCGUGUUGCUCGGGCCGCAGCUGGCAGGUUUGGGGGAGCCCUGCGGGGGCGGGGGCAACGGGGGCGUGGCGGACACCACGCAGCCCGGGAUGGAGACGGACCCGCACCCCAGCAAACGGGACAACCUCCUGGCGAGUCCCUGCAGCUCCACUGAGUCUGCCCUGCGGUCGCUGGAGAGAGAGGGUUCAGCUCCCUGGCCUCACCCCGACUCUGACUGCUCCACGGGGGGAGGGGGAGGUGGGGGCUCCAUGGACAAGGUGGGGGCCUCGCGUGUCCUGUUGGGCACCGAUGGCGAGGGUGAGGCCGGGGUGGACUUGAUCACCGUCAAGGUGGAGGACGAGCUGUUUGCGGAGGGAGACGAGGCGAUGGGCGGAGGGGCCGGUGGGGGCGAGGAGGAGGCCCUGGUGGCCCCCAGCAGGCCGCCCGGUCUCCACGACAACGGCGGCUGUAACUUGGGUGUCUUUCAUCACAACCCCCUCUCCACUCCUUCUCCUCCUCCUCCUCGUCCUCCUCCUCCGCCCCUGCCCCCGGGCCCGGGAGACUCCUUAACCGCGGACCAGCCCGAAGGCGGAGACGGAGACCCCGGAGCCCAUAUCGUCAUCUCGGACGAGGAGUUCGACGAGGCCGAAGAGGAGGUCUACGGGGCCCACGGCAUGUACUGCCCGCCCCUACCCCUGCCCCUGCUGCCCCUGGCCCACCACCAGCACGCCCACGCCAAGCUGUUCUUCCAGGACUUUCCGCCGCCGGGGUCCGGCUCGGAGGAGGAGCUGCCCACCUGCCCCUCGUGCGGGAAGACCUUCUCGUGCUCCUACAGCCUGAAGCGCCACGCCCUGGUCCACACCCGCGAGAGGCCCCACCGCUGCCGCUUCUGCCUGCGGCGCUACUCCCAGUCUGGCGACCUGUACCGGCACAUGCGCAAGUACCACCAGGCCCACCACCUGGCCUCGUCGCCUCCCGCGGUCGCACCUUCGUCUUCGUCGACGGCGGCGGUGGCAACGGCAACCGCGCCAUCGUCUUCGUCGUCUUCGUCAGCCCCCCCCCGCCACCCCGCCUGCACAGACUCCGCCGUCACGUGGAAGUGGCUGGACAGCAAACCCCCCGUCAUGUGGAAGUGAAGUGAAGCCACUUGGUCUCUCCUCCUCCUCCUCCUCCUCUCCAUUCACACUCACUCUCUCG